AUGUCAGACGACGAGCAAGAUGCCCUAGAUGCCCUUGAGCGAGAGGCCUCCGAUUUCACCAAGGAUGCGGAAAUUGAUCGCAUCCGAACAUCAUUUGUUUUAGAUGCCUACGCGGUUCUUGACCUUCAACCGGGAGUGACGGAGAAGGACAUAAAGAUACAGUAUCGAAAGAAGUCAUUACUGAUCCACCCGGAUAAAACGAAAAACUCGGGUGCCCCAGAUGCGUUCGAUCGUCUGAAGAAAGCGCAGUCCGCCCUGAUGGAUGAGAAACAACGUUCAUAUCUGGAUGAAUGUAUCGCAGAUGCUCGGCGGCUCCUGAUCCGCGAACACAAGUAUACAUUGGAUUCGCCGGAGUUGAAGACCGAUGAGUUCAAAAAGGAGUGGCGGCAAAAGACAGUCCAGGUAUUGUUAGAGGAAGAGGCACGAAGGCGAAGGCAGGCCAAGGCGAAGCUACAAGAAGAGGGUCGAGAGCGGCGGAAAGAGGAGGAAGAGAUUGAAGAGCGGAAACGGAAACGGGAUCAGCAUCAGGCAUGGGAGGAUAGUCGCGACAAGCGGAUUGGGAGCUGGCGUGAUUGGCAGAAGGGACAGAAGAAGGACGGCGAAAAGAAGAAGAAAAAGAUGAAGGUCUUGGGAUGA